AAAAAACUUAAAAUAUUAUAUCAGAGCAUUUGGAGCGGACCUGCUCGCGCGAUGAGAAACUAAAAGUGGGAAGCAGCCCGCUAUAUUUAGCAGCUAUGCGUAUUGCGCACCGUUUUCCUACGCGAGACCUCGCCAUCGGUGUCGAUGGCCGCCCACGACCAACCGGAGACUCUGUACCAAGUUCUAUUCGAUCGGUACCGGAGCCUGGAGGCGAGCCACUCCAGGCUCCGAGCCGAGUUCCACCAACUCCGCCACCAGAGGAGGAAGGAGAAGGAGAAGCAAGAGGAGGAGGCUGAGCUGCCGACGUCAGACUAUCCGGGUUCGCUGUUCAACGUGCCCGGUUUCUUCCUCUCGGGCAGCCCGUACAAAGCCGUGUUGGAUAGCAUAGGCCACGCCGUCUAUGUCUGCGUAGCAUCCAGCGGAGAGAUCAAUUACUGGAAUCGAGCGGCUGAGGAUCUCUAUGGAUGGAAGGGCUAUGAAGUCCUUGGACAGAGAGAUUCUGAGAACAUCAUUGCUGAGGAAUACUUUGCACCUCUAAAGAGAAUCAUGGAAAAGUUGAGCAUUGGGCUAUCAUGGUCAGGUCAGUUCCCUCUUAAGAAGAGGUCUGGAGAAAUAUUUGUGGCGAUGGUAACCAAAACCCCGUUGUAUGAGAACAAUGAGCUUGUCGGUAUUAUCACCAUUUCAAAUGACGCGGCAUUGUUUAAUAGAUUACAAGCAGAAAAUAUGAAAACAUUCAAGGAUCAUGCCAAUGUCCAAUGUAGAGGAUGGCAAUCAAAGCACCCACGGCCACCUAUUGCACCAUUGCCACAGAUUGCAUCGUCUGUUUCUAAUCUGGCCUCAAGACUUCUAUCAAGAAAUGAAGACAAUGUAUGCAAUUCAAGUGCGAUAAACAAGGGCAGAGAGGACUCUACAAUACAAACCGAAGAUGCUGACUUAGAGAAACCUGGUAAACUGGCAGCAAAGUUCUUGUCAAAGCUGCGUACUAUAGGAACCAACAAAGGUGGAAACCAAGAUGAUAGAAGCUCUCAACAAAGUGGUAGAACCGGUGCUUCUCUGUUUAGAAAUGAAGUGACUAAGGAUACUACUUCCCCAAGAAAGUCAAAGGCAUCAAGUACAUGCCACUGCUUUGUUGAUACAGACAGUAAGGAAGAAAAACCCGGUAAUGGCCAUUCUUCUCAAGACGAUAAUAGAACUCAUCCAAAUGCAUAUGGGCACAAAAACUCAAUUUCAGAUGAGGGUUCUGUUUUAGCCUCUUCAAGGGAGUGCAAUGAGGAUUUUGGGUCUCCCGGACUGGGUUAUCUGCUGCCAAUAUUACGCUACCAAGUGGAGGGGAAGGAUCCAAAACCUGAAGAAUGCUACUUGAAUACUUUGGAGAUUCAAGAUUCAGUGCAUGGACAAAAUGGUAAACAACUACCAAAUUUAGACAGCAGUGGUAGUUGUUCAAUCAAAUGGGAUAACGACUCUAACUCCAGAGAAGAUUGUGAGAUUUCGUGGGAUGACUUGCAUUUGGGAGAUGCAAUUGGACAAGGCUCAUGUGCCAUUGUUUAUCGUGGAAUCUGGAAUGAAUCGGAUGUUGCUAUUAAGGUUUACUUUAAGAAUGAAUACAGUGAAGGGAUUUUACAAGACUACAAGAAGGAGAUUGAUAUAAUGAAAAGAUUGCGACAUCCUAAUGUCUUGUUGUUUAUGGGAGCUGUGUGCUCACAAGAACGCCUUGCCAUCGUCACAGAGUAUUUACCUAGGGGAAGUCUCUUUAAACAACUUCACAAGAACAAUCAGACAUUAGACAUCAGACGACGGCUGGUGAUGGCUCUUGAUGUUGCUAGAGGUAUGAAUUACUUGCAUCAUAGAAAUCCACCUAUAGUUCACAGAGAUUUGAAAUCGUCUAACCUGCUGGUCGAUAAGAAUUGGACUGUCAAGGUUGGAGACUUUGACCUGUCAAAGUUGAAGAAUGCAACCUUCUUGAGUGCAAGAUCUGGAAGAGGAACACCUCAGUGGAUGGCCCCUGAAGUCCUUCGAAACGAACCAUCUAAUGAGAAGUCAGAUGUGUUUGGCUUUGGUGUCAUCCUGUGGGAACUAAUGACUCAAUCGGUCCCAUGGAAUAACCUCAAUUCCUUACAGGUGGUUGGAAUUGUAGGGUUCAUGGAUAGAAGAUUAGACAUACCAGAAGGCCUCGAUCCCCAAGUAGUAUCCAUCAUCGAAGACUGUUGGCAAAGCGGCCCGGAACAACGUCCAUCAUUUGAAGACAUAAUUCAGAGAAUGAAGGGCCUAAUCCAGAAAUUUGCAUCAUUAUCUGUGAGGAGGAGCUCAGAAUCAUAACUAUAAUAUGGUUUAGGUCAAACAAACACCUUUAAGCCUACUAAACAAUUCCGAAUAGAUUAAUUUCAUCAACUGCUUUAGAUAGUCUUUUUUUCUCUGCCCUACAAAUGCAUACAUAUGUUUUUCAGGUGGAACAUGAAGAAAUAAAAGGAAUAUGUUGGGUAGUGC